AUGGCGCUGGUUACUAGUGGCUGCAUGAGAAGCGCCGACUCGCAAGCAUCGGUACCGCAGAUAGCGGUGCAUCGGAACAGCUCCGAUCUACCAAACAUUGACGCCCCAGACGCCCCACAACCCGCGCAGAACGCGGCUACAUAUCGGCACGUGUAUGAGAUGAAGAGGCGCGAUGUGGCCGAGCUACUGCCAACUAGCGAUCACCAUUCUCGGCAUCCUCAAACAUUGAAGAAGAAGAAGAACAUAGUUGUCAUCACCAACACUCGCCAACGAGGCCAACGAGGUCAAAACGGCGGCAUCUACCGAACCCAAGCAGUUCCAAGGUUUUACAUUCACAGUAGGCUGCAAGCACCCGACAUAAAGCAUUAA